AUGGUUAAUAAGACCAUCUUGAGUAGUAAAGCUAAAAGGGGACACGGAUACAAACCAUGGCUGCUUUCCCCAGCUUCGCCAACAAAGAAAUCCCUAAAUGGCAGAGUGGGAGAAUAUGGUCUAAAAUUGAUGUUCACUUACAGUAGUAAUAUCAGAGACAUCACUGAUAUUGUAAGGAAGAAUUGGAACAUUUUAACUAGUGAUGACAAAAUCAGGAAUGUUAUAGGUCCUCAUCCUGUGUUUGGAUAUAGAAAAAAUAAGAAUCUGAAGGACAUUCUCUGUGGAGAACACUCCACAGAAGAAAUAAAAUAUGUCAAACAAAUAUUGUUAUGCUGUUCUAAUAAUGGGCACUAUGAUUCUGUAUACCCCAAGCAGUUGCAGGCUAAUGCUGCUCUAUGUCAAGCUAUACUUUAUGAACUCCUAUACAAAAAUGUGUUUGGUGUGAAUGAAGAAGAUCUGGUGUCUGCUGUAGAACUAUUUCGGAGCAGUACUAAAAAGAACAGGAGCAGUACAUCCAUUAGUAGUGAGGAUGCCAACUUUGAUUGUUUUCCAGAGAGGAGCCCAAAGCAUUCAUCUGAGAAUAAAAAAGAGGACAUUGAUAUUGAUCAACAUGAGAACUUAGAAGAUAAAUUGAAACAUGGGGGAAUAGAUGAUACCAAGCUUUCUGAAGGGCCAUCAAAGAUGCCGUUUCCUUAUAAAGUAUUGAAGGCUCUUGAUCCAGAGAUUUAUCGUAAUGUAGAGUUUGAUGUCUGGCUGGACAGUCGAAAAGAACUGCAGAAGACUGACUAUAUGGUGUUUGCUGGUUGUCGAUACUGUUUAGGAGACAAAUGCCAAAAAGGCAUAAAUGAACAUUACAUGGAAACUUGA